AUGACCCAAACCCGAUCCCCGCGCCGAGCGCCCCUCCCCCCACUCCUCCGCGUCCGGUUUUCCUCCCUAUCACCGGUUCCCCUCGCCCUUCCGUUUUUUUACUUUUUUACCACGAUUCAACGCUUCCGCAGGCCAGCGUCGCCGAUCUCCAGCGCGACACCCCGCUCCCCGACCUCGCUCCGGCGCCCGUCACGCAGCUCCACAGCUGCACCCCCUGCGAUCGUCUGGGACCCGUGCCGCAACGACCAGGUGCAGACGAGGGCUCCAUCCCGGCGAGGCCCUGCGCCACCGGCUCCCGUGCCACCCGGCGAGCUGCAGCCUGAAGACCCAUCGUCGGUGAACCUCUGGUACCCGUGCCGCACCGGUCAGCUACAGACGAGGGAUCCGUCCCGGCGAGGCCCUGCACUGCCGGCUCCCGCGCCGCCCCGGCGAGCUGCAGACGUCCGCGCCCGCCGUCCCGGUGAUAGUCUUCAGCCGCCGUGCCGCGUCCUCGACUCAACCACCUCCGGCCGUCUUGGAGAGACCGUGCGCCGAUGGAGCCUUCUGUACGCUUGGCUCCUCCACCUGCAGCGCGCCUGCACCGACGACCACUCCGCCGCCGCUGACCUCACCGCCGAGUUCCCUCUCCGCUCCUACUCCGCGACGCGGCUGACCCUGACGAGGCCGUCGAGGCCUCCACGCUCAAGUGCCUCGGCUUCGUGCUCUACCACCCCGUCCUCGUCUCUACCAUCUCAGAUGGCUCAGGCUGUAUUGGAUACCUUGGUGCAGCUAAUCAUGAAUACUCGGGUGAAGUCUGUUUGUAAUUUGGAAAUCUGGUGCAUCUCUGUUCAGCAGUUGGAGCCUUUGAUUAUAGAGGAUAGAGCAGACCAAGUGGUUACUGCUAUUGUUCAUGCACUCAACAAUCCAUUUCCUUGUCAACAAGAUUUGAGGGAGCUCAGGCUAUCAUGAAGCUUGCUUGUCAAAGUCAUAAAAGGAUGAGGGACCUAUCAAGCUUAUGGGUUCCACCAAUAUACCGGAGACUCUGAAGUGCUGAUAAAACAGAAAGGGACAUGGCAGAAAGAUGCCUCAUUAAAGUGUCCUGCAUUAUCCUACCACCUCAACCACUUCUUUCCAAGCUAACUGAAAGAUUGCUAUUACUACAGUUGUAUUCAAUUCACAAUUUGAUCUAUUUGAUUAAUUUUUUCUUAGUGUGUAAGCAACCCAAGUACCUGACUGCCUGAGUGCAACUACUUUGAUACAGCCACUCAAAGGGUGUAGCUAUAGAACUUGAGCGAAAGCUUCUCUGCCGCAUGAUGAAUAUGCUUGAUGAUCCUUCGAAGAAAGUUCAAGCAGUGAGGUCAUGGGGAUGGAUCAUAUCUUUACUUGGUAUAUUUAAUGCCUCUGUAUAGAUUCUUAUGAAAAUGUAAGCUCGGAUUGGCAGAUGGUAGAAAUAAUGAUGCCAAUAUGCAUGGCUUCAUCUUGUGUGCUUAUGGUAUUUAUGAACCGCUCAAAAAAAAAAUUGUAUGGUAUGUGUAAGAUAAUAAGAUUUUUGCAUCAACAUGUUUUGUUAUAUGUAAGUUGUUCAGAUC